UGCAAUACAGGCUGAGCUGUGAUCAUCUUAUUACUCAACGCAUAAUCUCUUGUGGACAGACAUCGUAAAGGUUUUAGUUCUGGGCUAACCAAGAUUACUCAUAGCAGAACUAUCAGACAUACGGAAUCAUGGGGCAUCUUGACUGAAAGGUCCUGGAAGUGUCUUGUGUGACCAGUAUUACUCGAAGAACUAUUGACGAUGAUAAACCAAUGAUAAGUGCAACUGACAAGAAGCCAAUGGAAGGAUGUUCACUAGUAGACAAUCCAGUACCAUGUUGACACUAGGUUAUAACCUGGGGCAUCUUGCCCGAAAGGUCUUAAGUUCUUCAUGAAGUGUGACUGUUGUUUCUGUGUCUUCACCCAUUUUGUGUAGUGUGUGUCCAGCUUCCUCUGUCCCUCUGAGUUGGGCCAGUCGAGUGCUAGGGUUGGUUGGAGAUGUAACAGACUGAGACGGUCAGAAUGUCACACACACACUAGGGAUGACAUCACCAUUUGGGGGGUGCUUCCAGAGAGUUUAGGCUGCAGAUUUGGUCUGAGGGGAGUAGAAUGGACCGGCUGUGUUCUGUAGAACACUACAGAAUGUUUCAGAAUGAUGGAAUGUUUAGAACAGACAUGAUUCUAAUCCACACUAUGGAGAAGAUCUUGUCAAUUCUACACAUGACAAAAUAGAACUUCCGAUCUCUCCCACUUGAACUAAACCCACACGGCAGACAAUCUAUAGAUAUUCUCAGACCACAUCUUAGAUAGCAGCCUGGUCUCAUAGACUAGAUAUAACAUAGUAAACUAAGUCCGGAAUACUCAAAUGAUUAUGAUAUGUUACAUUUGGUAUGGUUACAUAAGACAGAAAUUUACUUCAGGCCAAAACGAAAGUAGGGUGGUUGGACGGUUGUGUGUAUAACACGAACUUCUAGCAACCCAAAGGUUGUGUGUUAGAAUCUCAUAAUUUUAGCUAAUUAGCUACUUUUACUACUUUUUAGCUACUUUGCAACUGCUUAUCAUGUUAGCUAACAAUUCCCCUAACCAUUUAACCUAACUCCUAACCCUAACCAUUUAACCUAACCCCUAACUCCUAACCAUUUAACCUAACUCCUAACCAUUUAACCUAACCCUAACCAUUUAACCUAAAUCCUAACCAUUUAACCUAACCCCUAACCAUUUAACCUAACCCUAACCAUUUAACCUAACUCCUAACCAUUUAACCUAACUCCUAACCAUUUAACCUAACUCCUAACCAUUUAACCUAACCAUUUAACCUAACUCCUAACCAUUUAACCUAACUCCUAACCCUAACCAUUUAACCUAACCCCUAACCCUUUAACCUAACCCCUAACCAUUUAACCUAACUCCUAACCAUUUAACCUAACCCCUAACCAUUUAGCCUAACCCCUAACCCUUUAACCUAACCCCUAACCAUUUAACCUAACCCCUAACCCUUUAACCUAACCCCUAACCAUUUAACCUAACCCUAACUCCUAACCAUUUAACCUAACCCCUAACCAUUUAACCUAACUCCUAACCCUUUAACCUAACCCUAACCAUUUAACCUAACCCCUAACCAUUUAACCUAACUCCUAACCAUUUAACCUAACCCCUAACCAUUUAACCUAACUCCUAACCCUAACCAUUUAACCUAACUCCUAACCAUUUAACCUAACUCCUAACCCUUUAACCUAACCCUAACCAUUUAACCUAACCCCUAACCAUUUAACCUAACUCCUAACCAUUUAACCUAACCCCUAGCCUAGCUAACGUUGGCCACCUAGCCAACAUUAGCCACAACACAUUGGAAUUUGUAACAUAUUGUACAAAUUGUGUUUCCUAACAUAUAAUUUGAAAUAGAUGAUGGACAUCCACAAAUGAAUACAUACCACACAAAACAUAUCAUACAGUAUCAUACUAAUUGGAGUGUUCCAGGAUUUACAUCUACCUAUGUGCCUAUGUUACGUCUACCCCUGAGUCCGGGCUGUGCAUAGAAGCUUUUAGCAGAGUGACUGACAGGAUGCUUGUUGACAUGCAGUACCAGUUACAAGUUUUAAUAUUUUCUACAUUAUAGAAUAAUAGUGAACACAUCAAAACUAUGAAAUAACAAAAAUGGAAUCAUGUAGUAACCAAAAAAUUGUUAAACAAAUAAAAACAUGUUUUUUGAUGUUUGACAGCUUUGCACACUUGAAUGAGUAGGUUUGUCCAAACUUUUGACUGGUACUGUAUGUAUGUAUAUAUUAUUUAUUUUUUGAUGCGUUGUACCUUUUAACUGAAAUGUUUACUGCUGCAGGCCUAAAGCCACAGACACAGUCCUCUGUAAUGUAUCUCACUUUUCUAGCUAUGUGUUAUUUCAUAGUUUUGAUCUCUUCACUAUUAUUCUACAAUGUAAAAAAAAAAAUCAGAAAAACCCUUGAAUGCGUAGGUGUGUGCGAACUUGACUGGUACUGUAUGUGAGAACCUCAUUUGAAUGUCAAGUCAUAUUUUCUCUGAAGGCAUUUCCUUUUUUAAAUUCUCGGUAUUAGACUUCCCUACAGGGGUUGUCUAAAGACGACAUCAGAUAUUACACUAAUACACUAUUAUAUAUAACAUCAUAGUGCGUAAACUAUUGUAUGGAGGUGUAUGUUGAGGAGAGAUGCUUGUUGUGUUUACAUAUUUUUAGACUGCAGGUUUUGAAAGAUCUCUCAGAUAGUGAUUGUUUGUCAACCUUAUCUGUCUGUAGGGACUUGUUGAAGUUGGUGUACUUCCUUGUGCUAGAGUGAGAGAGUGGAAGGGUGUGUGUAGACCUAAACAAAGUGAGAAAGAGAGGGUGAGAAGCCAAUUCCUUAGUUUGGAAAUGUGGACAGGUAGUAAGAGCAUGUGAAUGAUCGAGAAAGGGAGAGAUGUGGUCUCAUCAGCGAGGAUGUUUGCAACAUAGCAGAUUGCAGUUGGACCACUGAACUGGUGCACAGUAGUGUGAACAAGCUAACUGUGAGAUUUCAGAGAGGGGGAAGAGAGAGAGAGAGUUACUGACACAGGAACAAAGAGCAGAGGGAGAAAGAGAGAGAGGCAAAGAGAAACGUUAGACAGUGGACUUUCUGUUCCUUUCACUAACAGCUGAGAUGGAGGAGUAUAAUGUGACAGUUGCUACAGGCACAUCAGAGUAUUCAGGGACCAAUAACUACAUAUACAUUACUCUGGUGGGAGAGAAAGGAGACAGCGAGAAAACAACACUGGAUAACCCUGGACUGGACUUCUGUAGAGGAGCGGUGGAUGAAUACAAGGUGUGUAGCCCGGCUCCUCUGGGUCGUGUCCUUUUGGUGCGUCUGGAGAAACAGAGGUACUGGGUAGAGGAUAACUGGUUCUGUCUCUAUGUCACCGUGGCGCCACCAGGUGGUGGUACAGCCCUCACCUUCCCCUGUUACCGCUGGCUCAUAGGAAAUGUCAAGGUGGAGCUACGAGAAGGCACAGCAAUGAGACUCAGUGACGACACCUCUACUCAGCUUUUGGCUCACAGAAAAGCAGAACUGCAGGAGAGACAGGCGGUAUACAGAUGGGUUGCAUGGGCUCCUGGGAUUCCCAAGUGUAUUGAUGCGAAGACCGAGGCAGACCUUCAUCAGGAUGUUCGCUUCGACAAUGAGAAGAGGAGUGACUUUGAGGGCUCCUUACAGUACGCUCUUCUAGAGCUGUCUUUGAAGAAGCUAGCCAUUAGGUUCGGGAAGUCAUGGGACAAUCUGGAUGACUUCAAACGAUGCUUCUGGAAACUCAGGAGCCCCAUAUCUGAGUACUGUAUGGAGCACUGGAAGGAAGACUCAUUCUUCGGAUACCAGUGUCUGAACGGUUCAAACCCCAGAAUGAUCCAGUGCUGCAAGAAGCUUCCGGGAAACUUCCCCGUCUCUGGAGACAUGGUGCAGGGGUCGCUGGCCCCAAGAACCACCCUAGAGAAGGAACUCAAGGCGGGUAACAUCUACUUGGUAGACUACGCCAUCAUGGAUGGUGUUCCUACCAACGUAAUCAGAGGGAAACCACAGUACAUCGCUGCUCCUCUCUGUCUGCUGUAUGAACACCCAGACCAGGGACUCAUACCCAUCGCCAUACAGCUGGGGCAGACUCCUGGCUUGGACACGCCCAUCUUCCUGCCUAAAAACCCGCCCCUGGCCUGGCUAUUGGCCAAGAUCUGGGUCCGUCACUCAGAGUUCCAGGUGUUCCAGCUCCUGUCCCACCUGUUGAGAACUCACCUGGUGGUGGAGGUGUUCUGUGUGUCAACACUACGACAGCUCCCUGCUGUCCAUCCAGUAUAUAAGCUCCUGGCUCCUCACCUGCGCUAUACUCUGGAGAUUAACUGCAGGGGGCGCACUCAGCUCCUCUCAGCCGACGGCAUCUUCAAAAGGGUGGUGUCUACAGGAGGGGAGGGGCUUCUGAUCCUAGCCCAGAAUGAGUACAAAGUCCUGACCUACCGCUCUCUGCAGCCCUACCAGGACUUCCAGCAGCGCGGAGCCUCCAAGCUCAGAAACUACUUCUACAGGGAAUACAGCCUGAUGCUGUGGGACGCCAUACACAGUUUUGUCUCAGGGAUGGUGUCACUGUACUACCAUUAUGACAGUGAUGUAGUGGAGGACACUGAGCUGCAGGCCUGGAUAAAGGACAUCGCUGAGGAGGGCUUCGUUGAUGUGCCCAGAUUUGGUCUGGCCAGGGAACUACACAACAAGACAGAACUGAUCACACUGCUGAGUGUAGCUAUCUUCACAAGCUCAGUACAGCAUGCAGCCACCAAUAAUGGACAGUUUGACUGGUGUGCGUGGGUACCCAACACCCCGUGCACAAUGCGCCACCCUCCCCCGACGGACAAGGACGCUGUUACCAUGGAGAUGAUCAUGGACACCCUCCCAGACGUCAGCCAAACAUGUUUGGAGAUGGCGAUCACAUGGCACUUGGGUCGGCCACAACCGGACGCAAUCCCAUUGGGUCAGUACCGGGAGCAGUACUUCACAGAGUCCCAGGCCCAGGAGGUGAUUGGCAAGUUCAGACAGGAACUGAAGGAGAUAGAGGAACACAUCCUGACCCAGAACGAGGGACUAGAGCUGCCCUAUCUUUUCCUCCUGCCCAGCCGCAUCGAGAACAGCAUCACUAUAUAAUAUACUGAACAAAAAUAUAAACACAACAUAUAACAAUUUUAAAGAUUUUACUGUGUUAGUUCAUAUAAGGAAAUCAGUCAAUUGAAAUAAAUGAAUUAGGCCCUAAUCUAUGGAUUUCACAUGACUGGGAAUACAGAUAUGCAUCUGGACACAUAUAUAUAUUAUUUUAAAUAGGGGCGUGGAUCAGGAAACCAAUGAGUAUCUGGUGUGACCACCAUUUGUCUCAUGCAGCGCGACACAUCUCCUUUGCAUAAAGUUGAUCAGGUUUGAUUAUG